AUGGGCCGCUCCAAGCCGCGCACCAACAAGCGCCCGCCACCCAAGCUCAACCGCAAGGCCGGCGCACCUCCGCAGGGCAUCCCGCUCGCGACGCUGCCUUCCCUCCCGACGCCUUCCUCGACCCCACCAGCCCAAGGCACACCGUUCUUUGACCCAGCGACCGCGUCCCUCUUCCCGCCAGCAUCAGCACUGGACCCAACACACCCUUCGUUUCCGACCGCGUUCCAGAACUGGUCGACGUCUGCGCUGUCCCAGCUUGGCCAGCUGCCGCGCCUCACGCCGUCCCAGCUGUCGGCCAUUGCCGGCGCCGCAGCUGGCGUGGGCGACGCUGGGCUCUUUAGCGCGGCCGCAGCGGCCGGUGGAGUCGGCGUGGGCAUGGGUAUGGGCGUCGGCGUCGGCGUCGGCGUGGGUGCCGGAGCGGGCCAGGGACUGCCCAUCGACCUCCCAGCAAGCUUGGCCGCGCUGUUCGAGGCCAAACUCACUCUGGACCGCGAAAAGGCCAAAUUGAUGCGCAUGCAAAAGGAGCUCAAGGGAUACCGCGAGGGUGUCGCCGCCGCCGUCGGCGCUGGCAAGGGCAAGGAGGUGGCCGUCGACGACGAGCUGGGCGAGUGCACCUGUGGCCGCAAUGGGUGA